UUCUGUCACCUGUGGGCUAUGGCUCUGAGGUAAGUAGGCAAUCAGAGUCAACCAGACCAGAGAGCAGAGAAAGAGAGAGUUGGUGAGGAAGCAAUAAAGGGUCUCACAUCUGUCAGAGUGCCUACUCUUGCCCGCCCAUAUGCCAACCCCCCCGCCCACACACACAAGCCUCCAGGGUCUCAGAAAACACGAAAGUGACCCAAUUAAGCUCAGGAAGAUAGUAACAGAAAAGAGAGAAUGAAAUCAUGUGUGACUCAGACCCACAAGGGAGAAGGACUGGAUUAUUAGAGUGCUGAAAGUCAACUCCUCAAGCCUGUUGUUUUUACCAUUACUCGGCGAGACUAAUGAGACAUGUAGAGCCACAGAUUUAAAACCUGUGGAUUCUAAACCUUGGACUCCAUCCUUUCUUGCCUUUGUGGCUGAUUUAUUAUUAGUCCAUUACUAGGAGACAAUUCUUCUGUUGGAUAAUUUUUCUGUUGGGAGCCACCGCAAAGAUCACGGCAGGAAGACAAUAACUGAGAAAGUGGAACAGAAAUAGCAUGAAGAUGUUUGUAGAGAUGUUUCUGGAGCUCUACAAACAAUGACAGCGUGUGAGGUUGUGAAUGUGGCAGACAGUGGGACGUAGGCAGCCUCGGAUGAAGACAGGGAGAACUCUUGUGUUGUGUGGGCAUCAUGUUGGUGUUCUUCAAAGAAGAGUGGGAGAUGGAGGGCAUGCAGACAGUCGGCAUUCUGUUGGUGGUCUGCAGCUCCCUCAGGCUCCUGCACUUUUUGGGCUUAAUUGAUUUUGCUGGUGAAGACAGCAUUGAGGAUGAUUUUGAACUCUCCACUGUGUGCCAUCGGCCUGAGGGUCUGGAGAAACUGCAGGAGCAAACCAAGUUCACCAAGAAAGAGCUGCAAGUGCUCUACAGGGGUUUUAAAAAUGAAUGUCCCAGCGGCGUUGUGAAUGAGGACACCUUUAAGGUUAUCUACUCACAGUUCUUCCCACAAGGGGAUUCAAGUAUGUAUGCACAUUUCCUUUUCGAGGCAUUUGACACUAACAAGAAUGGAUCAGUUAGUUUUGAGGACUUUGUCUAUGGCCUGUCCAUCAUCCUCAGGGGGACAAUAAUUGAUCGGCUCAACUGGGCAUUCAAUCUCUAUGACCUCAAUAAAGAUGGUUGUAUCACCAAAGAGGAAAUGUUAGACAUCAUGAAGUCAAUCUAUGACAUGAUGGGGAAAUAUACGUAUCCCUGCAUGCAAGAGGACGCUCCCAGAGAGCAUGUGGAGAGUUUCUUUCAGAAAAUGGACCGUAACAAUGAUGGCGUGGUCACCAUUGAUGAGUUCAUUGAGUCAUGCCAAAAGGACGAGAACAUCAUGCAGUCCAUGCAGCUGUUUGACAACGUCAUUUAGGGCCCCGCUCUGGUGGAGAGGAGAGGGCAAGAGCCUGAGAGAAGUGACCAAGACGUUCAAACUGGUCAACCAGAAGCUACUUCCUCCUCCAUAUCCCCUCUUCACCCAGCCAGAGGACCACCAUUAUUCUGUUUCUUUAUUUCUCCCAGAGACAUAGUGGAAGAUGACGCACCAGGGCUGGCUUCUAGAUCCACUUCAAUAACUUAUUUUUCUUACAUCCCUGCAAACAUUAAACAUAUUAGCUGGACUCAGGAUGAAGCCAGCUUGACACAUUUCACAUGUAACCUGAAACUCGGAGGAACAGGGAGUGACGAUAAAAGUGAAAGGAACUGGCGGACCAACAUCUAGCUAGAAGUUAUGGCCAAUGGUGGUGGUCUUUUUUUUAAAUAACUGACUAAUUUUUCUUACCGCAUGAUGUCAAAUAACCUACACCCUGUAACGUACCUAUUUACCGAGCUAGUCCAAAGCUUAUCUGUUGUCAAUUGGCCAUCCACAUGUGCCUCGUUCAGACUGCGUGCUAGUGUGUGCACCAUUCAAGUUCCUCCAUUCAGCAGCCAAUAGAAAUAGAAACAGUCUAUUCCUGUACAUUCCAGAUGAGUCUGUAGAAAAAGUGACUCCUU